ACAACAUUAUCCAAUUGCUUCCCGUUUUACUCGCAGGCUGGGAGCUGAGAGAGCCUGAGCGUUCACUUUCAACCCUCAAGGGGAGGAGUGGGUGCGGACGCGGAGGGCGAGACUCGCUCCCGGCUCCGGCUGGUGUGCGGCCCCCGGCCCCAGGCGAGCAGCGCCGGCGAGCCCAGCUAGCAAGCGCGCCCCGCCGCCCCGAGCCCCGGCGAUGGAGAUGGCAGAGGCGGAAUUGCACAAGGAAAGGCUGCAAGCCAUAGCCGAAAAAAGAAAGAGGCAGACUGAAAUAGAAGGCAAGCGACACGAGCUUGACGAGCAGAUACUUCUGCUGCAGCAUUCCAAGUCCAAACUGCUCCGGGAAAAAUGGCUCCUGCAGGGCGUACCCUCUGGAACUGCGGAAGAGGAGGAAGCCAGAAGGCGGCAGUCUGAGGAGGAUGAGUUCAGAGUCAAACAACUCGAAGAUAACAUUCAGAGGCUGGAGCAGGAAAUACAAGCACUAGAAAGUGAAGAGUCCCAGAUAUCUGCCAAAGAGCAAAUCAUCCUAGAGAAACUAAAGGAGACGGAAAAAUCCUUCAAGGACUUUCAGAAGAGCUUCUCCACUACGGAUGGAGGAGUCGGGUGGGAGAGUGUGCUGCUGAAGGGCAGUGAGGCAGCCUCCGAUGCCAUAGAGACUUACGGCGCAGACAUGACCAUCAAGAAGCCUCCCCAGCUUUCCGAGGAUGAUCUCUGGCUGAAGAACGAGAGAGAGAACUGUAGUGCCCACUUCCUGGAGCCCGCUGCCAGCUCUCAUCCCCCGGAUCACAAAAACAUGGAAAUUGAGGUCUCUGUGGCAGAAUGUAAGAGUGUUCCUGGAAUCGCCUCCAGCCCACAUCCCUUGGACCACGCCGCCCCCUUCUACUCGCCCCCCCACAAUGGCCUCCUUUCGGAUCACCAUGAGUCUCUGGAUAACGACGUGGCCAGAGAGAUUCGCUAUCUAGACGAGGUGCUAGAGGCCAACUGCUGUGAUUCUGUCCUGGACGGAACUUACAACGGCACAUCCUCCCCCGAGCCGGGAGCCACGGUCCUGGGGGACAGCCUCAGCCCCACCCCUCCCUCGGCCACGCCCCCAGAUCCCACCACGAGACCCACCGGCCGACCCGUCCCACCCCACAUUGAGCUCUGUCCAAGCGACCCUGACGCCAUGGCCGAGGGGGGAAGAGAGAACGGCCACUCCCCUGCGCACCCCCGGGAUCUGCUGGGGGACAGCCUGCAGCCCCCCGUGAGCCCCAGCUCCUCCACCAGCUCCCGGGGCUCCUCCCGGGACGGGGAGUUCACGCUCACCACGCUGAAGAAGGAAGCCAAGUUCGAGCUGCGCGCCUUCCACGAGGACAAGAAGCCCUCGAAGCUCUUCGAGGACGACGAGAGCAGCAAGGACCAGUACUGCGUGCGGAAGGUGAGGCCGUCCGAGGAGAUGCUGGAGCUGGAGAAGGAGAGGCGGGAGCUCAUCCGGAGCCAGGCCAUGAAGAAGAACCCCGGCAUCGCCGCCAAGUGGUGGAACCCACCGCAGGAGAAGACCCUGGAGGAGCAGCUGGACGAGGAGCACCUGGAGUCGCACAAGAAGUACAAGGAGCGCAAGGAGAAGCGGGCGCAGCAGGAGCAGCUGCUUUUGCAGCAGCAGCUGCAGCAGCAGCAGUUACAGCAGCAGCAGUUGCAGCAGCAGCAACAGUUACAACAACAGCAGCAACAGUUACAGCAGCAGCAGCAGCCUGCAGCCCCCGCGCUCACGGCUGAGAACGCCAAGGACAUUGUCACCGAGCAGAUUGAUUUCUCUGCCGCCCGCAAGCAGUUCCAGCAGAUGGAGAGUUCCCGGCCAGCCGUGGCCAAGGGCCAGAGCACCCCCAGGCUCUUCUCCAUCAAGCCCUUCUACCGGCCCCUCAACUCCGACAAGCCGCUGACCCUCUCCAGACCCGCUUCUCUGGGGGGGCCUCCAGAUGACAGUGCCGCGUCGGCAGGCAAGGGGCAGAAAGCCAGCGGUGGCCCGGAGAGCAAGCCUGCGGGGGGAGGCCAGGGCAGCCCUGCUCUGCCGGGGAAGGAGGCGCCCGCCCACGAGCCCGUCAGACCCCUCUCCAAGCCCUGGGCCGAGGACGGAGAGUUCACGAGCGCCCGAGCGGUCCUCACCGUGGUCAAGGACGAGGACCCGGGCCUUCUGGAUCAGUUCUCCAAGUCGGUCAACGUCUCUUUGACCCCAGAGGAGCUGGACUCCGGCUUGGAGGAGUUGUCGGUGAGGUCCCAAGACACCACGGUCCUGGAGACCCUGUCCAACGAUUUCAGCAUGGACAACAUCAGCGACAGCGGCGCCUCCAACGAGACCACCAACGCCCUGCAGGAGAACUCCCUGGCCGAUUUUUCUCUGCCCCAGACUCCCCAGACCGACAACCCCUCCGAGGGCCGAGGGGAAGGCGUCUCCAAGUCCUUCAGCGAUCACGGCUUCUCCUCCCCCUCUUCCACCCUGGGAGACUCCCCGUCCGUGGACGACCCCUUGGAGUAUCAGGCGGGGCUCCUGGUGCAGAGUGCCAUCCAGCAGGCUAUCGCUGAGCAAGCCGAUCGGGCCGAUCGGGUCCAGACCCACGGGGGCGGAGGGCAGCCGCAGGAAGUCAGCCGGGAGGAAACGGGGGCCGCCAGCUCAGGGAAGCCUCAGGGCGUGUUCCAGCCCCCUCAGGUGUCCUCUCCGGUCCAGGAGAAAAGGGACGUCCUACCAAAGAUCAAGCCCGCCGAGGACAGGGCGCCCCGGGAAAGGCGACUGUCCCAGCCUCUGCCCAGCGUCCCGCCCAGCGGCCCCAUCGAUAUGGAGGAGACCCGGCCCGAGGGGGGCUAUUUCAGCAAGUACUCGGAGGCCGCCGAGCUCCGGAGCACCGCCUCGCUCCUGGCCACCCAGGAGUCCGACGUGAUGGUCGGGCCUUUCAAGCUGAGGUCGAGGAAGCAGCGGACUUUGUCCAUGAUCGAGGAAGAGAUCCGCGCGGCGCAGGAAAGGGAAGAGGAGCUCAAGAAGCAGAGGCAGGUCCUGCAGAGCACCCAGAGCAGCAGCAGGGCGAAGAACGCCCUCUCCCUGCCCUCCCGGACCUCCUGCUACAAAACAGCCCCAGGGAAAAUAGAGAAAGUCAAACCUCCUCCAUCCCCCACACCUGAAGUUCCCAGCUUGCAGCCUGACUUAGGGCCCGAAGAGGCUGCCGGAUGCCAGCGGCCCAAGAAUCUGAUGCAGACCCUCAUGGAAGACUAUGAGACACACAAAUCUAAAAGGCGCGAGAGAAUGGAUGAUAGUAGUUACACCUCUAAGUUACUGUCUUGCAAGGUGACUUCCGAGGUCCUUGAGGCCACACGAGUUAACCGAAGAAAGAGUGCACUGGCUCUGCGCUGGGAAGCAGGGAUCUAUGCCAACCAGGAGGAAGAGGACAAUGAAUAACAAACUUCUUUCCACCCAGGAAGCUUCUUUGGUGCUUGGGUUACCAAGAAACCAAGAAAUCAAUUCAUCCAAGCAUUUUAAUGGAAUAUUUAUUAAAGUGCAAACAAACUCAGCAAUCCUUAUGUAGACCAGAAGCUGCAAUACACAAAGAUGAAAAAAAAUCCAACCGAUAAAGAAGCCCAUCCAUCCAAGUUCAGCUCCCAAGCGUCAAAAGAGAAAGGAAUUUUGGGGAACUAAAAAGAAUCGCUUGGAUUUGGAUCCAUCCACAACCUGUUCCAAAAAAAGGACAAAGACGUUACAAGCAGAUCAGCAUCCUUGCCACGGGGCAGAAUGAAGAUGAGCCUCGCUGGGUGAGGAGGCGGAUUGGGGUUGGCGCUGUUUAGAGAGCAGUAGAGCCCCAGCUGGGAGAAACGAUGCAGCACCAGUUCCCACCCCAUUAGUUCCCACCUGACCUCCCAGCAGUGAAGUUGGGCUGUGACCCCAUGUGCUCCAGCGACUAUCAAAUGAACAGCGUUUCUCUCUGUAUUUGCCCAGAAGAGGCUAUCAUGAUUCCAUUUCUCUUACAUUAAGUUGUUUUUAAUGGGGGGCAGUUAAGAUUGUAGUAUAUAUAAGAUCCAUAUUUUUAAGACCAUCUUUCUUCACGUUGCAAACACAAUCAGUUCUACAUGAGGAGGUUGAGUAAGGGGGGGGGGGGAGAAAGCCAAACCAAAUGGAUCGUUCUAGCUUUAGUAUCUCAGCUGCUUACAAGGUUGACUGGUCUGCAGUUGAUGAGGACACAUUUUCACGAUUUAUGUUAUAGCUUCAUAAGAAAACUAUAUUUAGUGAGCAACAACUAUUUUUAUGAUGGGAUGGGGGAACCUAUACACGUUUUAAAUCCGUAUACGUUGAACAGCUUGGGUUCAAGAUGGCGGGGGUAUUUUUAGAGUGGCAAUAAUUGAGAAAAAGGGCGAAUUCUGCCUUUGAGAGGUAGAUAAUGAGAAAUGAGGAGGUGUUUAUAAUUAUAUUUUAUAUUAUCAAGUGGACCUUAGGGGUAACGGGAAGAAUGUGAGAUUAUUUUGGAUCAAUCAGAAAUAAAACAUGAAGAAGGGUCGUGAAGGUAGAGAAGAAAGGAAGGAGCAAGAUAGGGGGGGGGAAAAGGAGGAAGAGAGAGACUAUUUUUGCUGAACAGCCAGUAUUUUUCAGGAUGAUGUAGAGAAGAAUAGAAAUCUAAGUGCAGGCUUCAAAUCAGCUACAAAUCCUAAAGAUGGGACGCUUGUAUGCAUGUGUGUGUGUGUGUAUAGAACUUUGUGUGUUUGUGUCAAGUGUGUAUGCUUUGUGUGUUUGUGUGUAAAGACAUGCGUGUGAGGAUAAUUCCAGAAUGAUCGAGGGACAAGGGUGUAUGUUCACUGCCUCCAGGGCUGCCUGCCAGCAUCAGGAGUGAGAAUUUCUUUCUUUCGUUUUUUUUUUUUUUUUUUAAUGAAAAGGGAAAGAGAGGCACGGAGCGGAUGCAGUAUUUGUAAUAUUAAACUGACCAAACAUGGUAUUUGCAUGAGUCACAAUGGCAAAGUUUUGAGCAGUUUUUAUAAUGUGACAUUUGGGAAAGUAUCAUAUUUAUUCUCACGCUUUGUAUUCAUGCUUCGUCUACAUGCUAUAGCAGAUACCAGCUGUAUUCUCACUGUCCUUUGAAGCAAUAUGAUAUGAUCAGGGUAUUCAGCAAUCGGAUGCCCUCAAUUUCUGGAUGAGAAAAAUUUUCAAUUUUGGCCGUGAAUAAAGACUGAUCAGCCUUUUUUUUUUCCCCUCUCUAAAACUUUUAAAAGAGAAGCAAUAAUUAAGUCCACCCUCACUAACACGCGUUUUUGUUUUUAUUUUGUUACAUCAUAAGCUUUAAUAUGUUAUUCUGACAAGUAGCGAGUUCACAAGAUUUGUAUGUAGAUGUUUUUGCACAUUAUCUUCGCUUUGGAUUAGACUAGUAUGGACUUUAAGGAAAAGUUGGUCCUCAAAUACAACAAGGGGGGCAACGGAGUAAACACGGACGUCUGAGGACUUACAAGGAUCCUUCCAGAGCGCCAAGGGAACCUGCCAUUUGAAGCCAGAUUCUCCGGAUGGGCAGUUGGCAGCACCUCUGUAUGAUUCAGGUGUUUUUUUGUUUUGUUUUCUGAGUAAUCCAAUGAAUAUUGAACAGGACGAGCUAGCCACAAAGCCAGUUAAGACCCGGCGGGAAGGAUUCAUUUGCAGUGAGCUGGCUUGGAGACAGCGGUCUUAGAAAGAGGCAGGACAUGUGUCAGGUGAGCUGUCUUCCCAGGUGAAAAGGGAGCCCCCGGAAAGGCAUCUGUGCCCAUGAGAUACCGUGUUCUCAGGCACGUGAGGAAGUCGAUGGCAGGGAGGUGACGGGCGGGGGGGUGUGCAGCUUCGCACUGCCCUGGACGCGGCCACAGGCAGCCAGGCGGGUGACCAGCCCUUCAGUUGUGUGCACUGAGUGGAUACACACCGACGGAAAGUGUGCACCGAGUCUUCGAGCCUGACUGUGGGUCUGGCAGAGACAAUCCCACGGAGGAGAUGACCCCCGUCUUUCACCAGCAGACCAGCGGAAGACAAUCCUCAGGACUGGCCCUGAAGUUUGGGGGAUUUGUUUCGAAGACCACAUGAUCUGCAUUGAGCCUGCCUUUUGAGAAGAGAGUUGGCAGCUGGAUUUGCAGCUCAGCAGGCCCCCUGCCCCAGCCCCCCAUCCAGGAGCGGCCUGGCAGGCACCCCUGCCGGUGUUGGGGGACAGAUGGUCACCCCAGAAACACCACUGCGAGGAGACCCGACCUGGGGGGCAGGGCUGCACGUGGAGCUCCGUGCGUAGCUGACUCUCUGGGACACUGCCACACUCGCUCAGAGCGUGGCUUAGCCGCAGGGACCCCCCUCUCUCACCCGGUUCCCCCUCUCCAGCCCCCUUCCUCACUCCGCUCCCAUCAUCAUCCCCAUCACCGGUUAAUCCAUCUCCAUUUCCUGGGAAGAGCCAGGUUUGCUCUCUGAGCUCUCGAGUUUUUUAUUCACUGAGAAACUUCGGGCCCCUGCUUUCAUACCGAGCCCUGUGCUAAGGCCCUGGGGUCCCACCCAAAGCCCCUUCACGUCCUGAAAAGACAAGACACUGCAGGAAAGCCCACCAGCGCCUCCGAAUCCAAAUCCACGGUGAGGAAGAGGCUCUACCCCAGCCCGCCCCCACCAUAGCACGCACGCUUGUUUUUCACUAGAAGCAACGCUUAGCUCCUGUAGCCAUUAGAAAGCUUUCCCGAGCUUCCUCCAGCCCGCCGUGUCGAUAGCCGUUCUCUUGGCUCCCUAGCUGUCUCACGACUGACAUGCCUUGGGUUUCUCAUCCAGAAAUUAUGGAAACAGGGUCUGUCAGUGGCAGGAGACGGGGCUGGGUCCGACCGGGCUGGGCCCUGCAUUCUCCUGCCUCUUCACGCCUGUGCAUGCUGCCCGCCCUCGACAAUGACUCCAUUCAAGCAGUAGAUAGAUCCGCGUCCACAUAGAUACACACGCGCACACACACACACUCACACAUACAGAUCAAGUGUAACAAGGGACACUUGAGCAGUGUUGACGCUUGUCUCUGAAGACAAAUCAUUUUUUUUUCCAACUGAAGAAUGGAUGUAAUUAAUCUAUGUAUUUAAAAAAAAUAGCCUAAGUGUUUAGAGAUGGUGACUAUAUCCAGUUUUAGUGACAACCAAUUUCCUGAAUUUUAAGCCUUCAGUGAGUGAGCUGCCAAUUUUGAUUUUGUUGUUGCUCUUUUACCCAAAUGCUUCUUUUUUUUUUUCCUAUUAUUUUUUUGGGGGGGGUGGGGGAAGGAGGGAGGGGGAAAACAGCAGACUGUGUUUGACAAUUAUACGCUGUAUCCGGCCCUCCUGUGUAUGUUAACCACUUCAAUGUUACUCUCCUGCUUCUGUUUUAUAGUGGUUGUGAGGCAGUCAAUGCAAGUAUACAGUUAUUUUCUCAUUAAAACCCGUGUGUGGUGUU